UAUAUCGUAUAACCGUACGAAGCUGUAUGGGUUAUACUAGUCGUACGGAAGAAGUAUACUCCGUGUACCAAAAGGACUGGAAAGGAGAGAUGGCAGAACCAUGAUAAAGUAAUGAAUUAAAGGUAUCAGUUCAAGGAAUUCCAUCAUGAAUGAGCCAGACAUUUUAACAGAGGUCCCGGAGACAUUGAAGCGUUUGGCUAGGUUGAUAGCAAGAGGCUUCUACAGUAUGGAACAUGCCAUAGUUAUAGACUUACUGGUACGCAACCCAUGUAUGAAGGAGGACGAUAUAGCAGAAUUGCUAAAGUUUGACCGGAAACAUUUACGAUCACUACUUAAUACACUGAAGAAUGAAAAAAUUGUUAAAAUGAGGAUGAAAGUUGAAACAGAUGCAGAAGGUAAAAGUACAAGACAUAAUUAUUACUUCAUUGGCUACCAGGUGUUUGUAAAUGUAGUCAAAUACAAACUUGAUCAUGUGCGACGCAAAAUUGAAAUGGAGGAGAGGGACAAUACAAGUAGAGCAUCAUUUAAAUGCCCUUCUUGUUGUAAAUCAUACACAGACUUGGAGGCAGAUCAGCUCUUUGAUUUCAUGAGCCAGACAUUUAGAUGUACCUUUUGUGAGUGUGAGGUGGAAGAAGAUGAAAGUGCUAUGCCAAAGAAAGAUGCUAGGACUUUGUUAGCUAAGUUUAAUGAACAGAUUCAGUCAGUAUUUGACUUGUUGAAGGAAUGUGAUGAUAUUAAGCUGGCACCUGAGUUAAUGGAACCUGAACCAACUGAUAUCAGACAUCUAAAAAGUCAUGGUACCAGCAAGCCAUCCGGUAACAAAGAGAGUGAAUCAAGGAUUUGGUCUGGAGAUGCCACACGAGGGACAGGUUUUGGAUAUACUGACAUGGAAAGCAAUGUCACCAUCACUAUGGAUACUGAGGAGGAGGCACAGAAACGGGACAAACAGAAAAUCAAGGAUCGUCCUGAAUGGAUGGUGAAGAGUACAGUACAAACUACUGCUUCAAAUGACGUUGUGGAUAUGCCAGACAGAAUGGAUGUGGCUGGGCCAUCUGGAGUGGAACUUCCUAAAUACCCAAAUACUAACGAAAUAGAGACCUUGUUAAUCAUUCACGAGAAGAAAAAAAGUGGUCCCCCUUUACCUGGGACUUCAGGGCUCCAAGGGGCUGACAGUGACAGUUCAAGUAGUGACUCAGAAGAUGAGAGGACAAGGAAACAAAAGCCAACAGCUGCAGCAGUUGAGGAGAUGGAGAGUGAGGAGGAAGAUUCCAUCCCAAUGGUCCACGUUGCUGGUGAGCCUGUUCCAUAUCAUGAGGUCACUGACGAUAUGGUGGCCAAGAUGUCUUCUGCAGAGAAGGAGGAAUACAUUAGACUAGGAAGAGAGAUGUACCAGGACAUGUAUGAAUGAUGGCUUGGGUCAGUCUAGGAUAGACAUGUAUGAUGUAUGAGCGAUGUUUGGGCUCAGUCUAGGAUAGAGCAUAUAUUAGUGAUGAAUAUGUUUGUCGAGGAUUGGCCAUAAAUGAAAAAUGUCUGUUUUCAAUCAAGAAUUGGACAUGUAUGAGUGAUGCCUGUUUUCAUUCUAGGAUAGCAUAUGUAUGAUAUAUGAGUGAUGCCUGUUUUUAGUCUAGGAUAGCACAUGUAUGAUGUAUGAGUGAUGUCUGUUUUCAGUCUAGGAUAGCACAUGUAUGAUGUAUGAGUGAUGUCUGUUUUCAGUCUAGGAUAGCAUAUGUAUGAUAUAUGAGUGAUGUCUAUUUUCAGUCUAGGAAAGGACAUGUUUGAGUGAUGUCUGUUUUCAGUUUAGGAUAGCAUAUGUAUGGUGUAUAAGUUUAGUUUCAACAUAUUUUAUUUAUUUCAUACGUGUCAUAAUUGUACAUCAUUAUUACAAAUAUAAAUAGGAUUCAGAAAAAAGUAUAACAAUACUUAUGUAAAUCUGUCUCCUAAUAUAGAGUGACAAGCAGAUGACAACAUAAUACUUGUAGCUAAGCAUUGAUAACAUAAUAAUAAAAUGGUGUAUAAGUGAUGUCUUCUUCAUUCUAGGAUGAGAUGUGUAUGGUGUAGUAAUGAUGCCUGUUUUCAGUCUAGGAUGAGAUGUGUAUGAUGUAGUAAUGAUGCCUGUUUUCAGUCUAGGAAAGGACAUGAAUGAUGUAUGAGUGAUGCCUGUUUUCAGUCUAGGAUGAGAUGUGUAUGGUGUAGUAAUGAUGCCUGUUUUCAGUCUAGGAAAGGACAUGAAUGAUGUAUGAGUGAUGCCUGUUUUCAGUCUAGGAUGAGAUGUGUAUGAUGUAGUAAUGAUGCCUGUUUUCAGUCUAGGAAAGGACAUGAAUGAUGUAUGAGUGAUGUCUGUUUUCAGUCUAGGAUGAGAUGUGUAUGAUGUAUG